CUUCAUAAUCUGCAGAUGCGGAAUCUGCAGAUUUCACAUCAUGUAUAAAGCCUUGCUUCAUUUGGGCUACACGUUACAUGGCGUUACUGCGCAGUUGCUCAGUUCUGGUUUAGCAGCAAGCGCAUUGACUGCUGAUGUGUACAUGUUCGAAUGACGACGACACUCUUAUUAUAUCCAGCUUGCAAUAGGUGACGUGCGACCCCAUAGUGCCGAGUCUGCAUUGCCCAUAAGCUGCAGCAACGACGCCGACGGCCAUACCUGUAAAUAACAGCCGCGAAGCAAGCAUAAAGUUCAACUCUAACUAACAGUAGGAGAAUGCCUGGACAGAAGGCUUUAGACGGUGUUUUACGCUUUUGCGCGCUGGCCUCGCCGUCGCUGGCACUUAUUGUGUGCGUUAUAGCCUCAACUCGUCUUACGGAUGCUUCUCCAGCGCCUGCGGACAGCGUUAGCGAUGAAGCAACUGUUACGGCCCCAUUGGCUCGCCUGCGGGCUCAGAGUCCCCAGCAGCUGUUCCAUGCGGAGGUGUGCUCCCAGACCGUCAUUCAGCUAUACCCUUUGUACGCUUCCGAGGCCUCAUGGUUUUCAUGCAACGUUACCCCAUCGUCUCUAGCGAUGGAAGCGGGACCAAUCCAGGGCAGUGAAAUCGUGUUUCAUUUGACCUUCCUGUCGUACGACGGCCUGGAUCGGUUUCGGAACAGCAUGUCUCAGAGCCGUAUCUGGGAGGGCCUGUUGGGUGCCAUGGGGGUGGGCUGUGGCUCCCAAGCUGGCUACCAGGACUCGAGCGGCCUGGCAGACUUUAGUGUGUGCGGGGCUUCGGAGCAGGCGCCCGACUGCAGGGUGCUGCUUCCCUCCCUGCGCUGCUUCCCGCCACCCUCGCCCCCGCCCUCACCACCACCGCCGUCACCGCCGCCCAGCCCCAGUCCGCUGCCGCCGCCGCCGCCACCACCGCUGGAAUGCACUGUGUCGAUUGCCGUAUUUAAGCCGGGCGCGCGGUUUAACUACGCCACAUGCGACACACUGCUUGUGUACAACAGCCUUAUGUUUACUGACGGGGUGAGAGUGCAGAAUCCCUUCAUGUGCUCGCUGAGCGGCAAUCGGGACAUUGUCAGCAUACGUGGCGUCGUGGCGUCAAUGCAGGAUGCGGCAGCUUUCACAAGGAAUGCACAAACGACAGCCCUGGUGGAGAAGGUGGCCAUGCAGUUUAACCUCUCUUGCACCGAUUCUGUCACCUUCGACGCGAGCACAUGCGGUGGCUCCCCUGCCUACCUCCUCUAUACGGGCCAGGCGCUGCCCUCCAGCAUCUGCUCCCGGCCGCCACCGCCGCCUAGCCCCAUACCACCAUCUCCUGAACCCUCGCCGCCGCCAACACCCUCGCCGCCGCCGCCGUCACCACCACCGGUGCCGCCGUCAUUGCCGUUGCCGCCACCGCGCCUGCCAUAUCCUCCAAGAGGUCCCUAUCCGCCGUAUUCUCCAUAUUUCCCGGAUCCACCCAGCCCGCCAAGUCCACCGGUGCCGCCGCCAGACAUGCCGCCGCCGGACCAGCCGUCGCCGCCGCCGGACCAGCCGUCGCCACCGCCGGACCAGCCGCCACCGGACCAGCCGUCGCCGCCGCCGGACGUGCCGCCACCGGACCAGCCGUCGCCACCGCCAGACCAUCCGCCGCCGGACCAGCCGUCGCCACCGCCAGACCAUCCGCCGCCGGACCAGCCGUCGCCACCGCCGGACCAUCCGCCACCGGACCAGCCGUCGCCGCCGCCGGACCAUCCGCCACCGGACCAGCCAUCGCCGCCGCCGAGCCAGCCGCCACCGGACCAGCCGUCGCCACCACCAGACAUGCCGCCGCCGGACCAGCCAUCGCCGCCGCCGAGCCAGCCGCCACCGGACCAGCCGUCGCCACCGCCAGACCAUCCGCCACCGGACCAGCCGUCGCCGCCGCCGAGCCAGCCGCCACCGGACCAGCCGUCGCCACCACCAGACAUGCCGCCGCCGGACCAGCCGCCGCCAUCCCCGCCUUCACCGCCGCGCACCCCGCAGUACCCGCUGUAUCCGCCGAGGCCGCCGAGGCCACCACGGACACCCCGGCCUCCUAGUCCGCCGCCGCCACCGCGAAGCAACAGGCGCCGUCUGUAGGACUUUGCUAGUGUCACAUGUGAGGACCAGCAGCAAAGACAGCAGCAAGGGCGCUCCUUACCGAUACAGCUAUGCAGGGCAGAAGCAUAUAAAGCGAUGGCACUCAUUCGCUAAGCAGGAUGGCGUAGGACGCCUGUACGUGGCCUGCCCUUGAUUCAAGGCGCUCCGCGAGGACGCUGCUUGGAAGCAAGGAAACAGCCAUAGUGAUACCCCCCGGGCUUAAGGUGCUCUCUUUUUGCCUAUUUGGGCAACAGGGGUCAAGCCGCAAAAUAAAGACGUACGACUCCGUACUUUCGCAAGGUGUUCAGUUCAUGAGGGUACCAAGCGGUCAAGCGAUUCUUUCCGCCCGAGGAUAAAGGCAACAAUGUGACCUAGUACAAUUAGGUCCUGGGGUGAAGGUACAAUGUAUGUUGUGAACAGCGUUCAUCUGACAUAUUUGCUUCAGCGUUGUCUAGAAGCCUGUUGUUUGUCAGGAAGUGGCUGUCGUACGUUCACUUAUGUGUUCGUUUGCUUGGUGUAUGAAACCGUCAGCUUCACAGAUCGUGGGGCGCGCCCCCUACCCCCCAAUAAAAAGGCGAGGCCGGCGAGGCAGGGGCAGGGGGCGGCGGCGUAUGGCGGACGGUUCGGCCGAAGGCAUGCAUGCGAAGGGCGGAGCAGUUUGGGCGCACAGGGAGAGAGGGGCAGGGCGUAAGUUAUGGGGUUUUAACGUUUGGCGGGGUAAGGCGUGUAUAUGCGAAGGGGUUGAUAUGCUGUGGAGGGGGUAUUAUGAUGCGAGGGGAUCGAGGAGCAAACGCGCUUUGGUAUGUACAUUAUGCCGCAGGAUGAUAUGCCGCCAGUGCGCGGUAGGCACUUGCCAUGAGCGAUGUUCCAAUUCAACGCGCGAAGCAGGAGGUGCGAUGUAGAACGGAGCGCCAUAAAUACUUCAUAUAAAUACCCGACUACCGCGGUAGGAUCAGGCGGCAAGUGUUUAAAAACGUGAACAGCCGUAGGGAGUGAGGUUGGACAGCGUUAUCAAGCAAGCCAUGGUGGCAACCACUGGUACGCACGACGGAAGAAAGCAAGGUCGUAGCGCAUGUUAAUACGUCUGACGUGAUGUACUGUUUAGCAAAUCCAGGGUAAGGACAAGGCGGGGAGGGAGUCCCUGACGCCGCGACACCUAUGCUUCCUGUUGCCCGUGCUGUGGUUGAGCAGCUUGAGGUCAAGUUGGGUGAUGUGGGUCCUCGGGCUGCUUUGUGGUUGGUUUUGCCUCCCUCGGGCGUGCAGCAGUGUGUUUGGGAUAUUGUUGUUCUGGGUGCUUUGUCUGCUAUGGAGGAGGGUCGGCGGUUUUUGCGUGCGAAGGCUCGCCAUACAACAUAGCUUUCACAUGCUUACGCCGCUCUAUGUUCCUGCUGCUGCCCAGACACUUCUGCUUGUUGCUUCUCACGCUGUUGCUCACGGCACACUCUUGCUUGCUUGCACUGACCACGACGCUAUAUGAAAGCAUGGCUGAACACUUUCAUUCGCACAACCACAGCUACCACAGCUUCUAACCGCUUCGCGUGCGUGCGGCGCGUCUCCGAGGGCGUAACUACCAUGGCUUUCGCUUGCAAGUCGGAUUGACGCUCUAUCGCUCGCGUCGCUUUAUUACACAAACACUAUACAUAAUCUAGUAACUGGUGGCUUCAGUUUGGAUGUAUUCCUGUCCGAAGCCCGGCACGUACGUCGAUGUGCCGUUCGCCGCGAAGCAGUGUGUUCCUCUUUUCAUACACUGUAUAAAGCUUGCGACACAGCAAAUGACUUGCCUGGUUUCGCCUUCUUUCAUGCUACCCCGCCGUACGGUUCUGGAGUUCGUACAGUAGCAUUUUGCGGGCGUAACAUUGACGGCGUGCCUUCACAAUCUUCAGAUUUCGCAUAAUGACUGGCCUAGCGAGUUGCGACAUGCAGUUCGAGCGCUUUAACCGCAGUGGGAGUUGGAGGGGCUUGCACACGUG